AUGCCAAAAGUAGUAACAUUCGAAAUAAAUCGUCACAGACAAUAUAAUAUGAUUCGUAAGAAUCUAUGUGCAAAUUUAAUUAAACAUGAAUAUAUACAAACAACAGCAUCAAAAGCAAGAAAAGCAAAACCAUACAUAGAAAAAUUUUUAAAUCAAGUCAUAAAAGAAACAAAACAAAUAAACUCAGACCCAACAUUAUCACAACUCCCAAUAAAUCAAAAACUUCACAAAUUGGGCGCAUUAUCAUUUCUCCAACCAUUAGAUAGAUCAGAAAUAGGUACAAAAAUUCUUAGUCAGUUUGGAUCAAGAUAUAUUAAUAGAUCAAAUGGGUUUAUCAGAGUUUUAAGAUUAGAACCUAGAUUAUCAGAAGACAAAUCUCCAAUGUCCGUGAUUGAAUUAGUCGAUAGUGAAUAUGAAUUUAAAUUAUGGUAUACUGGUAAAAUAGUAGCUCGAUUAGAGUUACAAGGUUUGCCUUUGGAUGACUUGACCAAAUUAAAUGUUGAUAAAUUAGUUGAGUUGAGACCAAAUGGGGAAGAGAAGUUUAGAGAAGUGGUUGAGAAAUGUAAAUCUGAAUUUUAUAAAGUUAAUGAAAAUGGUGAGGUUGAAAAUGUUGAUUUGAAGGAUAAAUUGGAGAAUUUACCUGAUUUAGAAGCUCAUGGUGGUAAGUUACAAGGUAAAUUAUUAAUAAGUAAGAAAUUUAAUACUAAACCAAGAACAAAUAAUCAAAGUGCUAGUAUACCAAAAUCACCAUUUUUAAAAUAG